UGGAGGCUGUUACUCCAAAACUACAAGUCCCAGAAUGCAUCUCAUGAGUACAAGCAUGUCACGUUUAUACAAGCUCAGUAUGGCAGCAGGAACCUGCAUUCUUAAGGUUCCUAGCUAAAUUAACCAAGGUGGAGCAAAAGGCUCCUCCCCCAAGAAAUCAAGCUCUGGGAUUGGAGUUUGGGCUCAGCCUCCAGAUGGAGCCGGAAUUUACCUUUGUACUCCAGGCGGCCUGGGUUGGUGGUGCCUGGUUGGGUGUGUCCAGAACUGGCUGCCUUCCUGACACGUCUCAGAGCUGCUGGCAGGUUUGAAUCCAGGAUCAUUAAUGGCCCUGCUUACUGUCCCAUUCUCUCUUCUCCAGAUUUCUUACUCCCCCCAACCCCACUCGGGCCCUUCCCACAGAUGACUGUGCUUCUUGUAAAUCCUGCUGCCCACAUGGGCCCCUGUGCUAGUCACAGAUCUUUACUACUCAGCUACAAACAGGGUUCUAUGAACAGCCAUCAUGGCCUCUGGGCUGGCAGAAGAGUCUGAACCAAGUCCUGGGGAGUCUGAACUGGCUGUGAACCCCUUUGAUGGGCUCCCCUUCUCUUCUUGCUACUAUGAGCUGCUUGAGCAGCGUAGAGCCUUGCCCAUCUGGGCUGCUCGUUUCCUGUUCUUGGAGCAUUUGGAAAGUAGCCCCACUGGAGUGGUGCUGGUAUCUGGGGAGCCCGGCUCUGGCAAGAGCACCCAGGUGGAGGAAGGUUCUGGGAGUGGGCAAAGGGCAGGGUUAAAUGUGCUUUUUCCUGGGUAAAGGAAAGGGGAUGUGGGAAAGGUGGAUUACCCAGUGGGUGGUACGGUAGAGUUCAGCUGGUCAUAGUUCCUAUAGCACUUCUGUCUAAAGUCCUCCAAUCCUCUGACAAAUUCCCUCUCCCUACCCCAGAUUCCUCAAUGGUGUGCAGAGUUUGCGCUGGCCAGAGGAUUCCAGACAGGACAGGUUACAGUCACUCAGCCCUACCCUCUGGCAGCCAUGAGCCUGGCUUCAAGGGUGGCUGAUGAGAUGGACCUGACCCUGGGUCAUGAGAUUGGCUACAGCAUCCCUCAGGAAGACUGCACUGGGCCCAAUACCAUGCUCAGGUUUUGCUGGGACAGGCUAUUUCUACAGGAAGUAGCCUCGACCCGGGGCCCUGGAGCCUGGAGUGUGCUGGUACUGGAUGAGGCUCAGGAGCGGUCAGUGGCCUCAGAUUUACUACAGGGGCUCCUGCGAGAUACCAGACUGAGAAACCUUCCGGGGGAUCCCAGAGUGGUUAUAGUUACUGACUCGGCGCUUGAACCAAAAUUCCAAGCCUUCUGGGGCAAUUCUCCUACUGUGCAUGUACCCAGGGAGCCUGGUGAAAAUCCCACCCUUACCUACAAGGACACUGUCCCUGCUGACCUCGUGGAAGCUGCCUGCCAAGCUGUGCUUGAGCUGUGUCAGCGGGAAGAGGCACCAGGAGAUGUGCUGGUGUAUCUGCCCAGCGAGGAGGAAAUCUCUCUGUGCUGUGAAUCCUUGUCCAGGGAGAUGGGGAUGUUGGCUGUCCCAGGGCCUCUUCCGAGGGUGCUACCCCUUCACCCUGGCUGUGGUCAAGCCAUCCAGACUGUGUAUGAAGACACAGAUGUGAGUGUCAGAAAGAUUGUGGUCACUCAUUGGCUGGCAGAUUUCUCCUUCUCCCUCCCUUUCAUCCAACAUGUCAUUGACUCAGGACUGGAACUUCGCAGUGUUUACAAUCCUCGGAUCCGGGCAGAAUCCCAGGUGUUGAGACGAAUUAGCAAGUGUCAGGCAGAGGCAAGGCUGCUGCGGGCCAGAGGGUUCCCACCAGGAACCUGCCUCCGCCUGUACUCUAAGUCUACCCUAGACCUAGAGGCUCCCCCACUGCCCCACCCCAAAGUGUGCGAAGAGAAUCUGAGCUCCCUGGUAUUGCUACUAAAGAGGAAACAGAUUGCAGAGCCAGGGGAGUGCCACUUCCUGGACCGGCCUGCACCAGAAGCACUGAUGCAGGCCCUGGAAGACUUAGACUAUCUGGCCGCUCUGGAUGAUGAUGGGGACCUGUCAGACCUCGGAAUCAUCCUCUCGGAGUUUCCCCUGCCCCCGGAGCUGGCCAAAGCCCUGCUGGCCUCCUGCGAGUUUAACUGUGUGGAUGAGAUGCUCACUCUCGCGGCCAUGCUCACUGCCGCUCCUGGGUUUACCCGUCCUCCGCUGUGUGCAGGAGAAGCUGCCUUGCGUCGGGGUCUGGAACACGCAGAUGGUGAUCACAGCUCUCUGAUCCAGGUCUAUGAAGCCUUUGUACAAAGUGGAGCAGAUGAGACUUGGUGUCAGGCCCGGGGUCUAAGCUGGGAGGCGUUAUGUCAAGCCCGCAAACUCCGAGCAGAGCUCCUGGAACUCAUGCAACGGAUUGAGCUUCCCCUGUCCUUGCCGGCCUUCGGCUCCGAGCAGAAUCGCAGAGACCUUCAGAAAGCGCUGCUGUCAGGAUACUUCCUCAAGGUGGCCCGGGACACCGAUGGGACAGGAAAUUACUUGCUUCUCACCCAUAAACAUGUGGCCCAGCUGUCACCAUACUGCGUCUACCGUAACCGCAGGACUCCAGCCCAGCCACCCACAUGGGUGCUGUACCACCGCUUCUCCAUCUCUAAAGACAACUGCCUUUGUACAGUCUCUGAGAUUCAGCCUGAGAUGCUGGUGGAGCUUGCCCCUCCAUACUUCCUGAGUAACCUGCCCCCCAGUGAGAGCAGAGACCUCCUGAACCAGCUGAGAGAAGGAACAGAGCCAUCAGCAGCAGUGACUGAAACUGCUUCUCCUCAGGAAUAUGGAGAUGGCUGUGUUCUGCAGUGAGCUGCCUAAGGAACCUCACCACACAGUGGACUUAGAGACCCAAAGUGUAGGGUCAGACACACUCUGGAACGCCAGAAAUGUUAGGAGGGGAGGGGACAGAGAGCCACAGUUCAGAACAAGGCAGGCCUUUCCUUCUCUGUCCAUGGGCCAGGGGCAAAUGCUGCUUACUCCACCCACGACUUACCCCACACAACCUUGUCUCCUUGGGGGCUGGAGAGAUGACUCAGGGAUUAAGAGCACUCACUGUCUGCUCUUCCAGAGGUCGUGAGUUCAAUUCCUAGCAACCACAUGGUGGCUCAUGACCAUCUGUAAUUGGAUCCAGUGCUCUCUUCUGGUGUGUCAGGGACAAUGUGUUCAUACUCAUUAAAUACAUAAAUAAAUCUUUAAAAAAAA